UUAGCAGCAAUUCAUGCUGAUUUCGGGUGCAUUUUGAUGAGAUCGCUGCUGCCGUGGAUGUUCAUCUUCAUCGACACGACGCCUUGGUGCAUUAUGUUGGAACAAUGUGGUUGUUCUUCCCCAUUUUUUGCGUCUGAUGAAGCUAGGAAUUGCUGCUAGGAAAUAAUAGUGUUUUCCAUCCGAUCGCACGUAAUUUUGAUCGCGGAAGGUGGAAUUGAAGGAAAGAGGGGAAAAUGCAUAGGCCGACGGCGUCACUCUCGUCGAGCAAAGGCGACUCGGCGGAUUUCGAGAGCGAGGUGCCGUUGAAUGACCGGCUCAAGAUGUUCAAAUCCACCACUUUUGAUCCCCAAGCGUAUUUCAUUCACCAUGCUGGUGGAAUGAGUGAAAAGGAAAUUAGGCACCUGUGCCUGCAUCUUGUGGCGUUGAAGAAGGCAUCUGCAGAAGAAAUGAGGAAAAGUGUGUACGCCAAUUACGCGUCAUUUAUCAGAACAUCGCGAGAAAUUUCUAACCUCGAAGGGGAGUUAGUUUCCUUGAAAAAUCUCCUCUCCUCGCGAGCGAAUAUCAUCCAUGGAGUCGCUGAGGGAGUCCGCGUUGAGUCUCUGAACGAUGGUACGGAUCAUUCCAACAGCGAUGCUCUUAACUUUGAAGAUCGUGAGCUUACAAAAUUCGACGAGUGGUUGAUCAAAUACGCAGAGAAUCUCGAUAUCCUGCUGGGCGAGAGACGAGUAGACGAAGCCUUAGCAGCACUAGACGAAGGGGAUAAAGUAGCUGAUGAUGCUUACAACAAUGGAUCCUCAACUCCCUCAGCAUUGAUGUCAUUGAGAAACUCCGUCAUGGAAAACCGGCAGAAACUGGCCGAUCAAUUAGCCGAAUCCACCUGUAAGCCAUCCACAAGCGGAUUCGAGCUUUGUGCAUCUGUUCGAGCCAUGAAACGCCUCGGAGACGGCCCCCGAGCGCACACAUUGCUCCUCAAGUCACACGAACAGAAGCUGAAUCGGAACAUGCAGUCUCUCACGACAUCAGGCACUCCACAGGCGUACACAACUUCACUUUCACAGCUAGUCUUCUCCAUGAUAGCGCAGGCGGCCAAUGACUCCUUAUCUAUAUUCAAUGAUGAGCCGGCAUUUGCAUCCGAGCUUGUGGCUUGGGCUGUCGAGCAAACAGAGGCCUUUGCAGGGCUAAUCAAGAAAAAUGUAGUAUCUGUCCCUGCAGCUUCAGGGUGCCUGAGGGUAGUAGCCGAAUGCGUGAACAUAUGCUUGGGUCAUUGCCUCUUGCUGGAAGAUCGCGGAUUAGCCCUCUGUCCGACUCUUUUGAAGAUCUUCAGGCCAUAUUUAGACGAGGCACUGCGGUCGACCUUAAAGAGAAUUGAUCUAAGCACAGCUGCGCUCGCAGCUUCCGACGACUGGUCUCUCACAUGUCCACCCGUUGCUAGCCGUUCUUGGGGCGCUGCAUCUGGCGGGACUGCUCCUUCCCAGCUGAAGCUCUCUAGCAGUGCCCACAAAUUCAACUCGAUGGUGCAGGAGCUUUGUGAGGAUAUUGGCUCCCUCGACUUCCCAAACUUAUCCGAGCAGGCCUUGGAAGGCGUUUUGCAGUCAUUCAACUCGUACGUGACCAUGAUGAUCAACGCGUUCCCUGGAUCCGUAGAGACCGAAAACCUGGAUACAUCAGGACGAAGAAUUGUCCAACCGGCAGAGACGGAGACUCAACAAGUCAGUUUGCUGGCCAAUGCAGUUUUGCUAGCAGAUGAGCUCCUCCCGCGCGCGACAAUCAAGAUCUGUCCAACUGCAAGAAGCGACGAUCAGCCUCAGAGAGGCUCGGAUAAGCAGAACCGGCCUCCCCCCGAGCAACGGGAGCUGAAACGAAGGCUGCAACGCGUGGUUGAUCAGUUAAGAGAUAGCUUCUGCCGCCAACAUGCUCUUGAGCUUAUUUUCGCCGAAGAUGGUGGAGUCCGCCUGAGCGCGGAUAUGUACUUGAGCAUGGAUGAUGGCAGAGACGUGUCCGAAUGGUUCCCAUCGCCUAUAUAUCAGGAACUGUUUAUAAGGCUAACUCGAAUAGCCAGCGUCUUAUCGGACAUAUUCAUAGGCCGAGAAAGGUUCGCGACUCUUCUGCUGAACAGACUCACAGAGACAGUGAUCCUAUGGUUUUCCGAAGAUCCCAACUUCUGGGAGGAGAUCGAAUCCGGACAACGGCCUUUAGGCCCGUUCGGGCUACAACAGUUCUACUUGGACAUGGAAUUCGUGAUACUCUUUACAUCGCAAGGGCGGUACCUUUUGCGCAACCUGCAGUCGGUGAUGAAGAACGUUAUAUCGCGAGCAAUCGAGGCCGUGAAGGCGAACAACAUCGAUCCAUACAGUACUCUCCCGGAGGAGGAUUGGUUUGCUGAGGUAGCCCAGACCGCCAUUAGAAUGCUGAUGGGAUAUGACGACGGUGCUGCCGGCGAGACGAUGAGCCCAUCGGCGAGGUCUGUAUCGUCUGUCCAUUCUCAUGGAAGCAUGUAGUUCAUCACGCAUUUCAGGGCAGGGCACCACAAGAAUGUUCCAAAUCCAUGUCUGAUGCUAUACGUGACCAAAUUCUUUAGAACAGAUCGUUUAGUUCGAACACGAGUUUUGUUUGGUUGUGGUCUCAAAUGACAAUUCUGGUAUUUUUUUUUUCCUUUUAAGUUAACAAAUAUAUUUGUGUAUAUGCGUUAUGUAUAGUUGGAAGUGAGUGCAAAUCUCUCACUUUCCUACACCAAUGGACACAUACACAACAUUGUAGCAAUCAAAAAGUUGCUUACCCAUUCUUGUAAGAACUGAA